AUGUGUGGAAUCAGUUGCAUCGUGGCCUUGGAGGGACGUGCAAAAAGUGGAGGAGCAAGAGACAAGGCGGACAUCGAACGUCGACUAGAAGCCAGCUUCGAGAAGAUCCGUCACCGUGGGCCUGACUCGACUGGAAAAUGGGUCAGUCAAGACGGCAAAGUGGCUCUUGGCCAUGUACGACUUGAGAUCAACGACCUGAGCUCUUCCGGUAGCCAGCCCUUGCACUCGGCCGACAAUACGCUUCACUCGGUGGUGAAUGGUGAGAUCUACAACUACGAAGAACAUAGGCAGGACAUGGAGGAGAAGCUGAACUACAAGUUUCAGGGCACAUCUGACUCGGAACUUGUCUUGGCUCUAUACAAAUACUAUGGACUCUCAUUCUUGUCGAAGAUUCGUGGAGAGUACUCCAUCUGUCUGUAUGACCAGGAACGCGAGCUUUUCUUAGCAGUCAGAGAUCGUUAUGGUAUCAAACCCCUAUUCUGGACCAUUCAGGACGGUGAGCUCAUGUUGGCUGCUGAGAUGAAAGCUUUCUUGCCAAUGGGCUGGCAGCCAGAAUGGGACGUCAAGAGCAUUGUGGGUGGUGACUUCCAAAUAGCUAGUGCUACUAUCUUCAAAGGAGUGCAGAAAGUAAGACCUGGUCAUGUGCUCAUGUGCAGGUCCUUUGGCACGGUACAUGAGCAACAAUACUGGGACUCUGAAUAUCCUGACAAAAACGUCAAGGAUCCUCGCUCAGAAGAAGAGAUGAUACAAGGAGUCCGCGAACGACUACUUGACUCGAUCAGACAAAGAUUGAAAGCUGAUGUCAAAGUUGGUGUCUCCUUGAGUGGUGGUAUUGAUUCCAGUGUCGUCGCCGGGAUGGUCAAUCACCUGAUGCGCGAAGGUGCCAAGAUUGGUGCGGAGUCGGAGAAUGAGCGGCUCAGUUGUUUUGGCAUUGCUUUUGAUGAAGACAGUGGUUUUGACGAGUCAAUUACGGCUAAUCGUACAGCUGACUUCCUAGGUGUCAAGUUCUACAAGAAACAUAUGAACGAGCAGGAACUCGCUAACAGCUUUGAGGAUGCCACAUGGUUGGACGAACAACCGAAUCCAGACCUCAACUUCAUUGGCACCUACGCUUUGUCGAAGCUGUUCCAAGAAAAAGGGUUCCGGGUCAACAUCAACGGUCAGGGCUCCGACGAGAUAUUCGGUGGCUACAACAUCUUCCUGCCAGACUUUCUGCGAGAACCGGAUCAUACCUUCAGUGGAGCUGCGAUACCAGACGAGGUUCGUGUACGAGCUCUCGACGAAGCAGAGAGCAAGCUGAACGAGGUCUACGGUGGUCGGCUAGACCUUAAGGGUACCUCUGUUGCACGUCGACAGCUCAACAACACGUUGACGCCGGCACAGAUGGCUGCUGCGUUUCCACCCUUGCCCUUCAAGGAAGAUUUCCUCCCAGCUAACAACAAGGUGGAUGCGUGUCUGACUUAUGCUGAGGGAGUCCAUGGUACUAUGCUAGAACGCGUUAACAGCAGAUGGCACCCACUUCACACAGCAGAGUACAUCUUCACCAAAGCACAUUUGCAGAACCUUUUACUUUCCAAUCUCGGCGACCGAGGAGAAAUGGCACACUCAAUCGAAGGACGAACUCCAUUCCUCGACCAUAAACUCACAGAAUAUGUCAACCACCUCCCACCAAGCAUGAAGAUCCGACGAAACGCCCACGGUGACUGGAUCGAGAAGUACGUGCUGCGGGAGGCCGGCAAGCCGUUCAUCACUCAAGAGAUCUACGAGAAAAAGAAGCAUCCCUAUAGUGCACCAGUACAAUUUCCCAAAGGAGGUCCUUUGUACAACCUCUUGAAACGUCUUGUCACCGAAGAGAACGUUUCCAAACUUGGCUUCCUGGAGACCAAAGGACUGGCCAAAGUUGUUGAUGAUGCAUUUGAGUCAAAGCAUAUGCCUACUUUCAGACUGGCCAUAUGUCUUGCACAAUGGAUUGUGUUGCAACAGCGCUUCGGAGUGGCAAAGGCUGUGAGUGAGAAGACUAUCCUUACCAACAACUUGGAUAGGACUACGAGCCGAGAAGGUGCAAACCUGAUGCUUGGAUAA